ACUCGUGGCUUAUCAAAAACCAAUCAAUGUGAAACGAUGCGACGUUUUUAAUUUGUCAAAACAAAAAUGCCCGUAACCGAAGUGAAUGUUUCAAAUUUAUUUUCAGAAUUGAAAAAAUUUGAAAAUAGUGGUGAAUUUGAUCGUGCACUUAAAGUGGUCAAUAAAAUUUUGGAAGUUGAUUCGAAUCAUGAAAAAGCAAUUCAUUGUAAAAUUGUUUGCCUCAUACAACUGAAUGAAUUCGAAGAAGCAUUAAAAUAUAUUGAUUCUCAUAAUGAUAAUAAAAAUAAAAAUGAAGAAGAACGACAAACGAAUUUUCAGCUAGAAAAAGCAUAUUGUCUUUAUCGUUUGAAUAAUGUUGGUGAAUCAUUGAAAUGUUUGGAUGGUAAUAAUGUAUCUGAUGAUGAUGAUUUGGGAACCAAUGAAUUGAAGGCACAAACACUAUAUCGAAUUGAAAAUUUUGAAGAUUGUUAUUCAUCAUAUGUUGAUUUGAUUAAAAAUUCAAACGAUGAUUAUGAAGACGAACGUAUGGUCAAUUUGGCCGCCAUCAUUGUAGGAUUGAAGCAUUCAAAUUCGAAUAUUAAAUAUGAUUUGGCCAGUAUUUCGAAUUCUACAUAUGAAAUUAUCUAUAAUAAAGCCUGUGCAUUGGUGGCCACUGAACAAUACGCUAAAGCAAUUGGUAAACUUCAAGAUGCUGAAAUGGUUUGUAAAAAAUUUCUUGAAGAUGAUGGUGCAUCCGAAGAGGAAAUUGAAUCCGAAUUGGCUAUUAUACGUGCACAGAUUGCCUAUUGUAAUCAACGUAUGAAUAAAACUGAUCAGGCAUUAAAAUCAUAUAAUGAAAUUCUUCGGCAAAAAUUAUCCGAUCAGGCAUUGAUUGCAGUCAUUUCCAACAAUAUUGUAGCCAUUCAUCGUGAUCAAAAUCUAUUUGAUUCAAAGAAAAAGAUUCGUAUGGCAUUGAAUGAGAAUGCUGAAUCAAAAAUGAGUUCAAAUCAAAAACUAAAUAUCCAUUACAAUUAUUGCUUGUUCAUGAUCAAUACAAAUCAAUUUGAUGCAUGCCAGAAACAUUUGCCGAUUUUUCGUUCGAAAUUUCCAAAAUAUGAGGCGGAUGCUGUAUUGAUUGAAGCAUAUCUGUAUAUCAAACAGAAAAAUCAAGCAAAAGCUAUUGAAACAUUGAAAAAUUAUUGCUUUUCACGGCGAAACGACAAUACAACAUUGACUGAUUUAGAGGUUGCCCUGUUUUUAACCGAACUUUUGCUCAAACAAGGUGAUCUUGAUGGUUGUACAAAAGUAUUGGAAAAUUUAGAUGAAACAAAAUUCGCUAAAUUGGCCAUCGUUUCAAUUCUGAUUCAAAUCUAUGAAAAAAUGAUGAAAAUUAAAGAUGCUGAAAAAUUAUUCGAUCAAUGUAUUGAUUGGCAUGAAAAACACAAGAGCUCGAAAGCUACAUUAAUUUCAUUAUACAAUGAAGCGGCAAAAUUUUACCUGAAUCAAAACAAACCACAAACAUCAGUAAAAUAUUUGGAGAAAAUUGUUAAACUGCAAGGAAAAAAUCCAAAAAUUAUUUCCAUGCUCAUCAAUGCAUAUUCAUUGUUCGAUGUACAAAAAGCUAAGAGUUUACAAAAAGAACUUCCAUCCAUUGAGGAGAUUUUAAAUUCCGUUGAUAUCGAACAUUUGGAGAAUAAAAAUUGGUCAUUAGGUGUUAAAUAUGUGAAAAAAGUGAAAGAUACACCGAAAACAUUGGCAAAAGAAAAACGAAAGAAAACAAAACGUCGAAAAAUUUUACCCAAAAAUUUUGAUCCUAAUGGCCCACCACCUGAUCCUGAACGAUGGUUACCAAAAUAUGAACGAUCGAAUUAUCGUAAGAAAAAGGAUAAAAAAGCUGGUGUUGGUAAAGGUACACAAGGUGCCGUCGGUGAUAUGCCUGAAAUUAAACCAUCACCUAAACCGGUUACAUCACCAAUGGGACCAAGACAACAGCGUCCAACACAAAAAAAGAAGAAAAAAGUUGGUCGUAAAUAAAUGAUGAAAAUCUGGA